AUGCCAUUCAUUCCGCUACUCUUCGUCCUGGCGAGUAUAACUUUGUUUUUUUCGCGACGUCGUUAUAAAGCUAUCGAGAGCGCUGAGCCGCCGGUGGUUGUUAAGGGGCAUACGUACUCUGAUAGUGUGGAUGAGACCGAGCUUCAGCCUCUGGAGAGUAAGAAAGUUGAGCAUGUUCGGAGUGCUUGUAUCAUUGGGGCUGGACAUGUGGGUGCAUUGACGGCGGUUGUACUCGCCUCUCAGAAUCCCCACAUCCAGUUCAGUGUCGUUGACAAUGAUGCGGGUCUCAUUAACGCGUGGAACUCCGAUCGGCCCCCAGUGUUUGAGCCUGGGUUGGAGGAGAUGUUUCAGCCUCGAAAGAGGAAACUGACGAACUUGACAUUUUCCACAAACGUCCACGCAGGCGUGGCCGCAGCAGACCUGAUCUUCCUAUGUUCAGAGAUAUUCUCAACUAUAACAAUUGACGAAAAAGAGCGCUUAGAUCUGUCGCAGUUGGAGUCUGCAAUCCGAGCGAUCGCUCAAGUAUCCACUGGCCACAAGAUUAUCGUGCAGAAGAGCACCGCUCCAUGUGGUGUCGUUCAGCGAAUGAAGAAGAUUUUGCGAAAAACCGCUUCUCCAUCCGCUUCAUUCGAUGUGCUGUCCAACCCCGACUUCUUGGUUCCAGGCACAGCCCUUCAUGACCUCCUUUACCCUCCCCGCGUUAUUAUCGGGCACAUAUUCUCGGAAGACAUGUCCCCAGGAGCUUUGAGCGCACUGAAGAAGCUUUACAUUCCUUGGGUCCCAGAAGAGCGCAUUAUCACCAUGGAUGCAUGGUCUUCGGAACUGGGCAAGAUUGCCGCCAACGCAUUCCUCGCCCAACAAAUUAGCAGUCUUCACUCGCUGAGCGCUAUUUGUGAAUCCACCAACGCCAACAUCAACCACAUCACCCAGACCCUCGGGUUACCGCAACGAGUCGGCUUUGGAUUCGGCAGCUCGCACUUGCAGACUGAGGUGCUGUGCCUAGUAUAUCUGGCCCGAGAGCUAGGACUGCAGCAAGUGGCAGAGUACUGGCGCGCUGUCCUGCGCAUGAACGAUUCGCACAAUCGACGUAUCUCCCAACGAGUCCUGUCGCAGUUAUCCGGCGACCUCACGGAGCAGAAGAUUGCGGUUCUGGGGUUUACCCCAAAGGAGAACAACAACCAGUAUUCUGUGGCGCUGGGUCUGGUCCGGGACUUGUCAAAGAACGGGGUAAAAGUGGGCAUUUAUGACCCGUUUAUACCUGCAGACCAGCUGGAGAACACGCUGCGUGCGAGCAAUGCAUCUCUUGAGACGGUCACAGUGGCCGACUCAGUGGAGACGGCAUGCGCGGGAUGCAGUGCUGUUAUUCUUCACACGGACUGGGAGACGUUCGGACAUGAGAAGGUUCGAUGGCAGGGCAUUGCGGGUCAGAUGCAGAGCCCGAAGGUGUUCUUGGAUCCUUAUGGUGUGUUUGACCAGUUCAAGAUGCAGCAGUGGGGAUUCAAGAUGUUGCAGGCGUGGGCUCUGACCUGCAUUGGCGGGAAUAUUAUAGACAAUAUUUCUAAUAAUGAGCCCGCGUUCAACCAGGUCGUAUACUAUCUCAUUGGUGCGGCACUGCUGCAAGUGGCCCUUUCUCCUCCCGAGCUCUGGGAAUGCAGACCAAGAUUUUAUGAUAGUGAAGCUGCCGCUACUAUGAGUAAGACAGAAGAGAUGACAUGGGUGACCUGGCUCAUGGUGAAUCUGUGCCUGCACGAAAUAUCGAGCUGUAUUCGUGCCAUCGACUUCCAUAGGUAUGCUACUUUGAUGUUAACAGGAGUAUUCUCCUUGCCACUAUGCCCCAAUAACGAAGAGAAAAAGAGUGCAACUCUAGUAUUAAAACAAUCCAUCCUCGAAUACUCACAGUAUACAGCACACAUUCUAGAAACAGAUCCCAGUUUUACAUAG